AUGAGUUCGACGGCUCCCUCAGCCACCAGAACCGUCCUCGGCGGCGGCGGCGGCCCGGCCUUAUCCAACGGCACCUCCAUACACUCCUUCGCCAUGGGCGGCGAUGGGGGAGCUGCCGGCCGCGGCGGCAAACCCCCGCUACCACAUAUAGACGACCUCACAUCCGCCUCCCCCGACAUCGAUAUGAAACUACCCUUGCGCAAGAUCCUCGAGGCGGGCGACCAUGCCAUGCGACAGGCCGAGACCUGCCGCGACUUCGGCCGACCAGACUUGGCAUUUAAGGAAUACAUCAAGGCCUCCCUCAUCGCCAUCAGAUAUGUCCCUCAGCAUCCAGAUGCUCUGGCCGUCAGGGGCAAUCACGGAGACAUGAGUCGCAUUCACGCAGCUCUCAUGAAGAAAAUAGAGUCACAGCACGGAAUUUUUGAAAAGAUCAAGGCCGAUAUCAUUGCCGACAACCAAAGAACUGGAGUCAGACCAACAAAUUCGAGACCUUCUUCCACAGUCAACGGAGGUGCGAGCCGACCGAUGACACCCCAAGGACAGCCGAGCGCGCCGGUUGCGAGUCCUCCGCGAUCCGACGCAGGCACACAGCUCAAUGGCUCGCCGUCCGGGAAGCCAAAACCCGCGGUGCAGCCGAAGCCUCAGGCCUUACACGGCAAUGCUAUACGUUCAAGUGCCGGGCUUGCUGCCAUCAAGAGCAAGGCCGCUGAGGACCUGGCAGCCCGCUUCGCCAAUCUCAGAGGGCCGGUGGCUUUGCCCGGUCAAGAUCCUCGCAUACGAACACACCCCUUAGUGCCACCGAGACCAGCGGGGCCGAGAGCCAUGCCUGAACCGACCGAGAAACCGAAAGUCGCCGUUGUGACGAGCUUGCCAGAUCUCCCCAAGAUGCCCGAUGCCAUCUACAGUCCGGCCAGGGGUACGGUAUCGAACGAGGCGGCCUCGCUCCCUUCGAGCACACCGCGCGGCUUGUUCAGCAGGACAGGCUCUUCGGCCACGAUAAACACGGUCCUUGCGAACAACAAGUCUUCCGACUACUUCGUCCCAACUCACCCGCAACCCAACGCCGUUCCAGCGCCAGCCAGAUCUCAUAGCAUUUCGAUACCCGAGGGCGACUCUAUCACAGCCGAAGACCUAAUGGGUUUCAUUAAAAGGGGUUCGGCUGCCCUUCAAGUCCUAAUCAUUGAUGUUCGAAGCCGAGAUGACUUUGACGAAGGUCACAUUCUGUCACAGGCCGUCAUCUGCAUCGAGCCCAAUAUCCUUUUAAGAGAGAAUAUUUCAGCCGAACAAAUCGCCGAGAGCAUGGUGCUCUCUCCGGCCCAGGAGUAUCACCAUUUCGAGAGGAGGGACGCUUUCGACCUGGUGGUUUUCCACGACCAAGACUCAGACUCCAUCCCUCGGUAUAUGUCUCCCGACAUGGAUGCCGCUGCGCUCUUGUCACUGCAACGCGCAUUGACUUACUUCAACUACGGGAAAGAGCUGAAGAACCCUCCUAAACUGCUCCAGGGAGGUUUGGAUGCGUGGACUGACCUGAUGGGUCGCGCUGCUCUCGCUACAUCUCAGACGGCGGGUGCUGUCCGGGCUCCUCGGGUUCGGUCUCCGUUGAAACCCACCAUAUCAAUUUCCAAGCCGACCAGGAAGUACAAGGUCACGCCGUUGAAGCCCGAAGAAGUCAAGCUGUGGGAGGAGACGCUACACAACGCCGACCUUGAGACUGCGCGUUCUCCUGGCUUUAUGCAUGUGCGCAGUACGGAGGAGUUCUUGCGGAGAUUUCCCGCCGUUUCUACUGAGCAGGAGUCUAUGCAGUCACCCGUCAGCCCCGACAGGCCACCCCACAGCUACGGUCAAAACCACGUCGACAUCUACUCGGAUCUCCCGUCACCGCCCACCCGUCCUGCUCCAGCCGUGCCUCGUCCAAGCUACAGCGGUUUGUCACAGACUCAAGAUGAUCAUGAGGCUCCCCAAGCAUUGGCUUUCCCUGCUCAAACACGAAACUUGAAGCAAGGUCCUUUGGCUCGUCCUGACUCUCCUUCUGUCAUGGGCGCGGUGAAGGAUGGUCCUCAUAUUACGGGCUUGAAUAACCCCGGCGUUUGGUGUUAUGCCAAUAGCUCCAUCCAAGCUCUCCGAAUGUCACCUGGAUUUGGAAAGGAGUUGGCUUCGUUUGACUGGCAGAACACGUACAAGGUCCCGAAGAAGGCUGAUGAAAAGAGCGACCCGCCUCAACUCAUGUCACGUAUUCUGUCCAACUUGUUCCAUUGGUUGGAGUCCGGAAAGUUCGACGUCAUGAAAGCGCAGACAUUGAUGGACUACUCCCGAUCAGUCUGUGAAAAGAGUCGAAUCAAGGAAAAGGGCGAUGAGUUUGGUGGUAGCCGACAGCAGGAUGCUCAGGAGUUCAUGUCAUGGCUCAUGGCUUACCUCCACGACGAAACCAACAUGCGAAGGGACCGCGGGGGAGACGACAACUCAACCAUGCCGCAGAUGAAAGUCGGCAAGUCAAUGCUGCAGGGCGCGUACGAAUGGUGGGGACACUACUCGAGGACUAACCAGUCCAUCGUCGACAAAUACUGGCGAGGUCUGGAACUUUCAACCGUGGUGUGUUCCAGAUGUCGCAACAGGACGUACAACUGGGCGACGUUUGACUUCAUCUCGAUGCCCAUCAACGGCGGCACGCAAACCAUUGAGGACUGCCUGCGGUCGUACAUUGAACCCGAGAUCCUCUCCGACUACAAAUGCGACACCUGCAACAUGAAUGUUCAGGGACAAAAGCAGAUCGCACUAGCGCGCCUCCCGGAGCUCCUGUGCUUAUCCUUCCGCCGUUUCGACUACGACUCCACCAUGCAAAUACACAAGAAACGCGACAUGAUCACCUGGGACUUCAACAACCUCAACCUCGACUCCUUCUUCAUCCCCCCUGAAGAGAGGAACACCAUCGGGCCGCCGCUGGACGAGAAGUUUGAGCUGCCCUUCGACUACGAGUGCUACGCCGUCAUCAUCCACACCGGAAACAACAUCACCAGCGGCCACUACUACGCCUACGUCCGCGAACCCAAUAAUCCAGACCCCUGCGCCUGGUACCGCAUCAGCGACGCCCGCGUCACCCCGGUCCGAAUCGAUGGGACCGGCAGGGGCGCCGACGCCAGCCGCGAUGUGUUUAAGAAAGGCACCAGUGACGUGCCAUACUUGGUCUUCUUCCGCAGGAAACAAGGCCGGUCCGCCAGACGAUGA